AUGAAAAUACUCUUUGCUUUCUUUCUAUUGUUUUUCAUUGCUUCACCUAGCUUGUGCUCUCAAUUAGUAAAUCAUAAAAUAUUACUAGAUGGCAGCAAUCACUUCAAUGUUCUUAAUUAUGGUGCCAAGGGUGAUGGCCAAACUGAUGAUUCAAAUGCAUUUUUGAGAGCAUGGCAAGAUGUUUGUAGUACAAGACAAAGUAACCCAAUACUUCUCAUACCCAAUGGCAAAAGAUUCCUGUUGCAACCUGUGUCGUUUCGAGGCCCUUGCAAAUCUUCACGGGUUAACGUUGUGCUUCAAGGAACUAUUAGUGCCCCAAAAAGUAUUGAGGAAUGGGAUUGGACAAAAGGUGAUGUUGGGAAAUCAUGGAUACAAUUCUGGCACAUAAAUGGCCUUGUUAUCAACGGAGGAGGAACAGUUGAUGGCCAAGGUGCUCCUUGGUGGAACAAAUUUCAUGACCAAACUGACCUUACUAGGCCAACGGCUCUUAGAUUUAGUAACUGUGAUAAUCUUAAUGUUGCCACGUUGACUCACAUCAACAGUCCAAAAAAUCAUAUAAGCAUUACUUCAUGCCAUGGUGUUCGCAUCUCGCAUCUUCAUAUAAAUGCACCAGAGGAGAGUCCCAACACGGAUGGAUUUGAUAUUUCUUCAUCAUCCAACAUCUUGAUUUAUCGUUCAACCAUCUCAACUGGUGAUGAUUGUAUCGCCAUUAAUAGUGGUUCCAACUUCAUCAACAUAACCGAUGUUUAUUGUGGACCUGGCCAUGGAAUCAGUGUCGGAAGUCUUGGAAAAGGUGGAGAUUUUGCUAUGGUAGAAGAGAUACUUGUAAAAAAUUGUACUUUUCGUGGGACUACAAAUGGUGCUAGAAUCAAGACAUGGGUGGGAGGACGUGGUUAUGCAAGGAAGAUCACAUUCGAAGAUAUUAAACUUUAUAAAGUGAGUCACCCUGUGAUUAUUGAUCAACAAUACGAUGCCUUAUUAUCAAGUACAAAUGACGCAGUUAAAAUUAGUGAUGUUACUUAUCGCAAAAUUCGAGGAACAUCAAAUGAUAACGAUGCAAUUGAAUUGAAUUGUGCUUCUAUUGGUUGCACCAACAUUGUAUUUGAAAACAUCUACAUAAUUGGUGUUGAUAGAGAGACCACAUCUUCGUCGUGCAGAAAUGUUGAAGGAACUAGCUCUUAUUGUAAUCCAAAGAUCCCAUGUCUUUCUUAG